GUAGCCAGGUGGUAAACAAAUUUGUUUGAGAGUCAAACCGUCCACUCUCCCACAGUAUGUAAAUUCUGCUAUAGAAAAAGCACACACAGACAUGUACAGAGGCAGUGUGUAUAAUCUAUACCCGAGGAACAACAGUCAUGACUGUUUCUUCUGUUCUCUUAUUCACACACUUGUGUGCUGUGACUUUGGCUUACUCUGAACCCAGCUGCACAGAAACACUCGGAUCCCAGUUUGAGUUCCAGCAGGACGGUGAUUAUUUGAUUGCUGGAUUAUUCCCCGUUCAUGAGUCACUUAGUAUAACCACAACAGUACCUGAACUGCCGGACUGCAAUACUGAACAUUUCAACAAACGUGGUUAUCAUCUGAUGCAAGCCAUGCGAUUUGCCUUGGAAGAAAUAAACAAUGCGACCAGCGCUCUGCUGCCCGGUGUUAAAUUGGGAUACGAAGCAUACGAUAUCUGUUCAGAGACGGCUAAUCUCCUAGCAGCAUUCAACAUCGUGUCCAAGCAGAACGUUGAGCACCAAGAUGAACUUCAGCUAAGAACUGAGAUGCACUAUGACCCCAACACUAUAGCUGUGAUCGGGCCAGACAGCAGUACCUAUGCUCUCACCACAGCGAGCAUAAUGGGAUAUUACCUGAUGCCACAGAUCAGCUAUGAGGCUUCCAAUGAAUUGCUGAGCAACAAACGAUUAUACCCGUCUUUCUUCCGCACUAUCCCCACCGAUAGGUAUCAGGUGAGGGCGAUGCUUCAGCUACUGUCAGAGUUUCAGUGGACCUGGAUUGCCCUACUGGGAAGUGAUGAUGACUACGGGACACAGGGGAUGCAGGGUCUGUCUGAACUUGCCUUGAAAUAUGGGAUCUGCAUAGCUUACCAAGCCAUCAUACCUUCUUACAACAAAGACACAAGGGCUCAAAUGCUAAAGGUGAUUAAAGGCAUUGUCCAAACCAAUGUGAAAGUAGUGGUCAUUUUUUCUAGCAAUCGCAAAGCCAGUGGUUUUUUCUCAAUGGUCAUCGAGCAGAACAUCACUGACAAAGUGUGGAUUGGUUCUGAAAACUGGUCCAUAUCCACGUCGGUUUCCAAGCUGCCUAAAAUCAAAAGCAUUGGCAGUGUCAUGGGGAUAUCCCUCAAGGCGGCGAAGAUGCCCGGCUUUGCUGAAUUCGAAGCUCGGUCAAUUGAAUCAGAGAGCUCUAAGGCUAACGAGGAACAAGUGUGCCGAAAUGAAACUUUCUCCGAGAUCCUCGCCUGUUGCCAGGUAUGCGACCAGUGCAGGUUGCUGAAUUCUACAGACAUGCCCUCCCUGCUGGAACCCUUCGAUAUUCAAUCUUCAUUUAAUGUCUACACUGCUGUGUACGCUGUUGCACACGCACUGCACCAGUUACUAGGCUGCACCUCUGGAGAGUGCCAAAAAAAACAGGUGAACCCCUGGCAGCUCUUGCAACAGAUGAAACAGGUUAAUAUUACCAUUCAUGACGCACCGUUAUAUUUUGAUAAUAACGGAGAUCCUCCUACCGGCUAUGACAUAAUUGCGUGGGACUGGGCCGGUGACAGCGUAUCAUACAAGGUGAUCGGAUCAUACAGCCCCAACCCAGAGAGACUGCUAAUCAACAGAGACUUGAUUAACUGGAAUGCCAAGGACAACAAGACAGUGCCCACCUCUGUCUGCUCUGCGGAAUGUCAGAAGGGGUACAGAAGAGUUCUGACUGGAACCCAUGUCUGCUGCUUCAACUGUGAGGCUUGUCCUGCAGGAACUUAUGUAAAUAUAAAUGAUGUUUUGAAUUGCAAGCCUUGUGAGAUACAUCAGUGGUCUCUGCCAGAGAGUGACACCUGCCUCAACCGAACCGUAGAAUACCUCCCAUGGAAUGACAUCACUUCGGUAGUGCUGCUAAUCAUCUCAGUCAUUACACUGCUUCUGACAGUAGCUACGGCAGGCCUUUUCCUGCUAAACCUGAACACCCCAGUGGUCAAAUCGGCUGGUGGAAAGACGUGCCUGCUCAUGUUGUCCUCCCUGGCGUGUGCGUCCUGCAGCGUGUACGGUCACUUUGGCGUCCCCACAGCCGUGGGUUGCGCAUUCCUCCGGGAGCUGUUCUCCCUCUGCUUCACUGUCUGCCUCUCCUGUGUCGCCGUCAGGUCAUUUCAAAUCGUGUUCAUUUUUAAAAUGUCUGCCAAGCUGCCGAAGGCUUACGAGUUCUGGACCAAAAAUAACGGCCCACAGAUAUUUAUCUUGGUCUCUUCGGCCAUUGGGUUCCUUAUUUCACUUCUGCGCAUUGUCCUGGAUCGUCCUAUACCAAUUAAGAACUAUAGCAUCUCUCCUGAUAAGAUUGUGUUGGAUUGCAGCGGGACCCAGUCUGCAGGCUCCGCUAUGGAGACAGGGUACGUGGGAUUGCUCAGCUUCUUGUGUUUUGCAUUUAGCUACAUGGGGAAAGAUUUACCAGCAAACUACAAUGAAGCCAAGUGUGUCACGUUCAGCCUGUUAAUAUACUUAGUCUCUUGGCUUGGUUUCUAUACCACCUACGCAGUCUACAAAGGAAAGUAUACCCCAGCUUUUAACACCGUAGCUGUACUGGCUAGCGUGUUGGGUAUACUCGGGGGUUAUUUCAUGCCCAAGUGUUAUAUUAUUCUGAUGAAACCUAAGCUUAAUACUGCAGCGCAUUUUCAGAAUUGCAUUCAGAUGUACACUACCAAGAAAAGUGAUCUUUAAUGCAAAAAUGUUACUGCAAGUAAUCAUUCUGUACUUUAAAAGCCAUUGGAAUUAAGACAGUACAUAUGUAAGGAUCCUGCUGGUAAUGGCAUUAUUUAUUUAGUUUAUAAUAAUGUUUAAAAUACUGUCAAGUUUAUUAUUAUGUAUUAUUAUCUCUGUAACACUUGCAAGAUCACAUGAUUAGCAAUAGAGCUUCAUAGGAUUGCAUUGAAGUAAUGAACGCAUAGAAGUAACAUGAAUAACAAAUGUGUUGUAAUGAUUUUUCUAUACCUGAAGAUAAAUACAUUUUAAAAAAUUGCCAGAAUUUCAUAAUGAAUUCAAGUUGAACACUGUAGCAGCUGAUGCCCUGGAAUUCAUAGCAAUGUGCAACAAUUC